CAGUUGUUUUGCACUAGUUGAGUGCUAUCAUCGCUGUGAAGUUAUUUUUAUGGGAAAUUUGAUGAAUUAAUUAAUGUUGUGAUAAAGAUUUAAAGAAAGAAUAGUUAAAUCACCGUGGAAGAGGCAGAGUGGUUGAAAAUGCUUAUUAAGUAAAAAUUUAUUUUUGUUACGCUUAUCAUGUAAACAAUAUGACUAAUUAAUAUAACAAAAAAUAUAAAAACAAAGUAAGAUUUGGAUAAGUACUAUAUUUAACGAUGUCGCCUCCAAAAGUCUGCGCUGUGUGUGGUGACAAAGCAUUAGGAUAUAAUUUCAAUGCCGUAACAUGUGAGAGCUGUAAGGCAUUUUUUCGACGUAAUGCCUUAGCCAAGAAACAUUUCACGUGCCCGUUCAGCCAAAACUGUGAAAUAACCGUGGUGACAAGGCGAUUUUGUCAGAAAUGUCGUUUAAAAAAAUGUGUCGACAUAGGCAUGAAGAGCGAAAAUAUUAUGACUGAGGAAGAUAAACUUAUUAAGCGACGAAAGAUAGAAAGUAACCGUGAAAAGCGUCGUUUGAAUGAACAAAAACAUCACACAGAUGAAAAUAUUAAGGAAAUCGAAACAGAGAAGCAAGAACAGCAACAGCAGGCAGCCGACAGUAGUGGCAUUGAUGCAAAUACAUCUAUAGAUUCGCAAAGUUGUUGCUCAUUUGAUAGUGCAUCAGCAAAUAAUAAUGUGCAAUGUGCGGCCAACAGCACGACAUCAUCAUCACCUACAAGUGUAAUAGCGCGAGAAGAAAUAAAUCCUGAGCUGAUGACUAGCGAAGAAAUGGUAGAGUUUAUAGUACGGGACCCCGACAGAGCGUCGCAGGCUAUAAGUAAGUUUAUGCGCACACCCAAGGAGGCUAUGGUAACUAUGGAAAAAAUUAUUAAUUCGCAGAAAGAUGCACUAAAACUUAUACAACAUUUGAUAGCCUAUCCAGGUGAUGCAUUGAAAAUAAUAAGCAAACUAAUGAAUUCGCCACUUAAUGCGCUGAAUGUUUUUACAAAAUUUAUGAGCUCGCCUACGGAUGCUUUAGAAAUUAUAUCCAAAAUUGUUGAUUCACCACAAGACGUACUACAAUUUAUACGCAACUUAAUGGAUUCACCAGAGGAUGCUUUACAUAUAAUGAAUAAGUUUAUGAACACACCAGCAGAAGCAUUGAAAAUGAUAAAUAAAAUCUUUAACGGUAGCAAUGCACCAGCAGCGAGUAGUGAAAAUAAAAACAACAAUAAUAAUAACAAUAACGACAUACCGCCAGCAGUUGUUUUAGAAAAUACAUCACCAUUCCAUUUACCCAUAUCACCACAAUCGCAAGUUGAUUCACCCAUUACAGACAAUACACUGCUGAAUAAAAUGUUAGACAGCAGCCCCAGUGAAAGAGAUUUAACAACACACACUCCGCCCUAUGAUACAACAAUACCACCACCACCUACAGUUACUCCUUUUACACCAUCACCACAAGCCAUGUCGCUAACAUCACCAAUUUCUAUUACAACGAAUGAUUUGCAAUACAAUUCGCCAUUAAGUUUACCGCAAGAAGAAUUUCCAAGCACUUCGACUACUUUGUUAACCAGUUCACCUGCCAAUAUUACACACGAGGCAGAAUUUGAUAGUCAACAUUUUGACUUUAAAAGUCUUAUGCAAAAUACUUUUGCUGAAAGCACUGGAUUCGGCGACAGUAUGAACUCAUUCGAAUCCGUACUAUCGGAGGUAAUACGAAUAGAGUAUUUAGCUUUAAAUAGCUCCCCACAGGAAAGAAUUAAGCAAGAACAAUAUGGUGCCCACCUUAUGUGUGGACAUCCGCACGACUUCGACGAUUCAAUGAUGGAGCCACAAAGAUUGCCACAGCAACAAAUAUCCUCGCCUUCAAACAUAAUUGUGGGGAGGGACUUAAAUGAGGCAGAACAACAUAAAUUACGUGAAUUACGCAUAGCUAGCGAAGCAUUAUACAUCCCUGUUAACCAUGAUAUCAGUUUAUUAGUAAACCGAGACGGGCCACCAAGA